AGCCCCCAAACCUCCUCCACAGCACGGUGGCCUCCCACGGCCCCCUACACAUCUCCAGGUCGCCACUACAGCCCCAGUCCCAACUGCCCAGACUCUCCCUCAGAAAGCACAGCUCCCUCUCACACACUCACACACUUCUUGUUAAUUCAGAAGAACAAAUGAUCAACGUCAACAAAUAACCUGAAAAUAGUGACUUUAUGAGUUGGAAUCAAUGGUUAUUUUGAGACACCACCGACUAUAGACUUUAAAGGGGAAAAAGGACAUUUCUUAAAAAGGAGAACAAAGGAAAAAUUCAAGUGAGAAUAUUGGGAACCCGGAGCUUACUUUCUUUUUUGUCAAGAGCUGAAGUCAGGUAAGUUUGGCUCCUUCUCAGGCGAGCUGCUCACAUCAUUUAGUUGUGACAGGCGCUUUUAGUGAAUCUGGCGACAACGUUACAGCACGCUUGUGUCAAGUUUACACACAUUACGCACAUAGAAAUCGCUUGUUUGUAGUGCCUGGCAAACAAUAGAUAUGCAUAUUACGUUUAACUUUACCGAAAGCUGCAUUUCAGUGAAUAUUUUCCGAUACUCACGUCCGCUUAACUCAGGUAGGCUAAAAGCGAAACGCACCCGUACUGCUGCUGACGGCUCGGAGACAAACUAAUUGCUUUUGUAUGACUCCGUAAAUCUGUGCGAUGUGUAAUGUCCUCAUUGUGGGGGUGUGCAGCAAGAUAGGAGAAGGGAUAAGUGUUGGCUGAAUGCUGCAUGUUAUCCGUCCACCGUGUCUCUUUCUCCUGAUCCGACAACUUCAGCCGCGGUACCGAGGGGGGAAAGCGCUGCAGCAUCUCCGUAUCCUCGGUUUGUUUUGACAGCGCCCUUCAAAACCUCAGCCUCCAUUUAAAUCAUCUUGACUUAAGAAUGAAUAAGAGUGGCACGCUGUGGGAACUACUGCGUUUUUGUUUGUUGCUUUACGACCAGAGCUCAAAGUUGAAAGAAGCCGUGUUGGAUGUAGAUUCUCGCCGGCUGGCAUGGCGUGAUGGCUCUUCCCCGCUGGAUGGACGGGAGAUCUGUUCAAUAACUUACUCGACAGAUCGUUUUCUAUUCUAAUAGUUGUCUGAUCUAUAGGCUGCGUGUGUUGUGCAAAAAAAAAAAAAAAAAAUACAUGACCUGAGGUAAAUGGCUUGCAUGGUUUAUUUGUUGCCUAGGUGGCGUUCACAGUCAGGAAGUCAUGUCCAGAUCGGGUGAUAGAACAUCCACCUUUGACCCAACACACAGUGACACCCUGCUGCACGGGCUCAAUCUCUUAUGGAGAAAACAGCUUUUCUGUGAUGUGACUCUCACUGCCCAGGGACAGCAGUUCCACUGCCACAAAGCUGUGUUGGCAUCCUGCUCCCAGUAUUUCAGAUCCCUCUUCUCUUCCCACAAUGUAAUCAACAAUGAGGGGAGCAAAGGGGACCAGGGCAGCAGUGGGACCCCCUCAUCCUCUCCUGAUGACAAGCUGGUGACCCCCAGCGCCAGGCCCAUCAAUAACCUGGUACUCCAGGGCUGCUCCUCCAUUGGACUACGAUUAGUGCUGGAGUACCUGUACACUGCCAACGUGACUCUUUCCCUGGACACAGUGGAAGAGGUUCUGUCAGUCAGCAAGAUCCUCAACAUCCCCCAGAUUACCAAGCUCAGCGUGCAGUUCCUCAACGACCAGAUCUCUGUGCAGAACUACAAGCAGAUCUGCAAGAUUGCCGCACUCCAUGGACUGGAUGAGACCAAGAAGCUGGCCAACAAGUACCUGGUGGAGGAUGUGCUGCUGCUGAACUUUGAGGAGAUGUGUGCCAUGCUAGAUGCUCUGCCACCCCCGGUGGAGUCAGAGCUGGCUCUGUUCCAGAUGUCAGUCCUCUGGCUGGAGCAUGACCGGGAGACUCGCAUGCACUAUGCGCCGGACCUUAUGAAGAGGCUGCGCUUCGCCCUCAUACCUGCUCCAGAGCUGGUGGAGAGGGUGCAGUCUGUUGACUUCAUGAGGAGUGACCCUGUGUGCCAGAAACUGCUCCUGGAUGCCAUGAACUACCACCUGAUGCCCUUCAGGCAGCACUGCAGGCAGACCACGGCCAGCAGAAUCCGUUCCAAUAAGAGAAUGCUGUUACUGGUGGGUGGUUUGCCUCCUGGACCUGAUCGUCUCCCCAGCAAUUUGGUCCAGUACUAUGACGACGAGAAAAAGACAUGGAAGAUCCUCACAAUAAUGCCUUACAACAGCGCCCAUCACUGCGUGGUGGAGGUGGAGAACUUCCUGCUGCUGCUGGGCGGAGAGGACCAGUGGAACCCCAAUGGAAAGCACAGCACUAAUUUUGUCAGCCGCUAUGAUCCCAGAUUCAACAGUUGGAUACAGUUGCCUCCUAUGCAGGAGAGGAGAGCUAGUUUCUUCGCCUGCCGCCUGGAUAAGCACCUGUAUGUGAUCGGUGGUAGGAACGAGAGCGGCUACCUCUCCAGCGUGGAGUCCUACAACCUGGAGACUAAUGAGUGGAACUACCUGUCGUCUCUGCCGCAGCCUCUGGCCGCCCAUGCAGGAGCGGUGCACAACGGCAAGAUCUACAUAUCAGGAGGAGUGCACAAUGGAGAGUACGUGUCCUGGCUCUACUGUUAUGACCCUAUAAUGGAUGUGUGGGCUCGGAAACAGGACAUGAACACAAAGCGAGCCAUUCAUGCGCUGGCUGGAAUGAACGACCGCCUAUAUGCUAUUGGUGGAAACCAUUUGAAAGGGUUCUCCCAUCUAGACGUGAUGUUGGUGGAGUGCUACGACCCGAAGGCUGACCAGUGGAACAUCCUGCAGACACCCAUCCUGGAGGGUCGCAGCGGCCCGGGCUGCGCUGUGUUGGAUGACAGCAUCUUCCUCGUGGGAGGCUACAGCUGGAGCAUGGGGGCCUAUAAGUCUUCUACCAUCUGCUACAGCCCAGAGAAAGGAACAUGGACAGAGUUGGAGGGAGAGGUGGCAGAGCCCUUAGCAGGCCCAGCCUGUUCCACCGUCAUACUGCCUGCCUGCCUUCCCUUUAACAAAUGACAACUAAUCCAACCGACGGGCGGUAAGAGCGAGGAGCAGCAGAGUGAAUGGGGGGAGGACCAUCAAUAAGCAAAACAGUCGUCCACAAUUUUGUGACAAACCCUCCGGUCAGACGACGGGGGUCUGUAUAAAUUAUUUUUUUACAGGUUUGACCAGAGCACUUUCGUUAUUCCCUACUGAAGGUUUGAAAAAAAAAGAAGAAUUGUGUAACUCAUGUAUUUAAACUCAUCUGUGUUCUGAGAAAUGGUCAGUUUCAUAUUUGAUUUGAUUUAAACUGAUAGUACGUGUUUUUGGCUUCUCUUCUAUAGCACGCAUAGUGUUGAACUGAAUUAUAGCUUUCAAAUCCAUUGUAUCUUGUAUUCAGUAGAGGCAUAAUUCCAUCAAAAUGCAGUGUUGUUUCAUGGACUGACAGAAAAGGUGAUCAGUCCCAAACUGUCAUGGGGUUACGUUAAACUAGGGCUGGGUGAGUUACAUUAACCGUGAUGAUCAAAGUGUAUAAAUAUCCUUCAUCCCUCACGUCAUAACUCACUUUUCUCUGGCUGGACUGUGCACUUAUCUCGCUUUCGGAUCAUGAUGCAACUGUUUUGUUGUCUCUACAAAUGAACAUAUUUACCUGUCUGAAAUUGAGACAUUUCCAGAAACUUUUCUUAACUGCAGUCAUUUAAUUAACUAAAAAAAUACACAGUAACUAGUUCUUCUAGCAGGUACAUUGGGUCCAAACACAACCAGGGGGACAUUGUAAAAAAGACGCAGUUACACAGUGAUCUUUAUGAGGAUGUGUCCAUAUCACCCAGCCCUAAUUUAUAAUGAAUUAUCUUAAUAAUUUACACCCAGACUGAAGUCGUGUUUCUGUAUAACUUGACAGAAAAAAUCUUGCCAAAUGUUUGUGGCAGCUAUUCUUCGUGCUGCAGGCAAAACAAUUUAAAGUUUGAUUCUUAAUCUUCAUACGACGCACUAAUGUUCUCUUUAAAGGAAUACUGAGGCCCCCAAAUUAAACAUUUGUCUAUCAGUUACUUGCCCUGUAUUACGUUACGUGUGAAGAAAACUUUGCUUUUCUUGCAUGCCUACACGGUGAACGUAGAAUCCAAAAACGCUAUAUCAAAAUAACACACUUGCACAAAUCAUGCAGUAUAAUCCAAGUCUCAUUUAUCCAGUUGUAUGCUCAGUACGCCCCAAACAGACAGCCCUUUCCAACUGGGAAGUGAACUAGAGGUGAAACUUAUCUAUGCUCUCUUCAGCACCAGACUCCAUUGACAAAAACAGUAACACCGGAGCUGCUGGUCUACCUCUGCCUCGAUCAGUUAGCUUGUCACCUUGUUGAAUUUGAACUAACCCUCUUUAACACCAAGGUCACACAAAAAUACUAACAAACUUACUAAUGGAGGCAGAGGUAGACCAGGAGCUCCUGUGUUGUGUGAGGUAAAAUUACUGUUUAUGUAGGGUGACCAUAUUUUGAUUUCCAAAAAAGAGGACACUCGGCCCGGCCACGAGAUAGCCUACUUAUCAUCAAUUUAUAAACACCCCCCGGACGCCCCGGACAGGACGUGAAAAGUGGACAUGUCCGGGCAAAAGAGGACGUUUGAUCAGCCUAGUUUUUGUCAAUAGAGUCUGGCUUUAAAGAGAGCAUAGAUAACUUUCACUUUUUGUUUAGCUCCCCGCCAGACAGGGCUGUCUGUUUUGGAAGUACUGAGCAUACGGUUGGAUAAAUGAGACUUUGAUUAUCCGCACGAGUUGUGUGAGAGUUUAUAAACUGAUGUUUUUCAAUCUAUCAAGAGUUUUUUCUGUUUUUGGAUUCUGCGUUCACUGUAGACAUGUGAGAAAAAGAUUUUUUCCCCAAAUUUAACGUAACACAGGGUGAGUUAUUGAUAUAUAAAUGAUAAUACUGGGGGUGAAGUAUUCCUUUAAUUAUACAAUGUCAGUACAAUCAAAUUGUAAUUGCUAGCCAAUGUAUUUAUGGGUAGUAUGUUUGGGUAAACAUAAUAAGAGGACAUUGGUUUGUUCUCCUUUACGAGUCGAUGCUAACAGGCCUGUUUAUAAGGCCACAUAGCGUUUACCUCAAUGGUAUUUUAAUCUUUAAUGUACAAAAAACAAACAAGCAUACAAUGGUCCUCAAUGCACUAAUAGUGAACUUUUUAAUUCAGCAAACAGAGUUCACUAAAAUGUAAAUGAAUUAAUGUGCUGUGUUUAGAAGAAAAAAAAUGCUCAAAUGAAUCUAAGUGCGGUCUAGUCUACGUUAUUAGGUUCAAAAAGUUGACUCUAAAUAUUGAUGCAGUACCUGUUGACUUCUGUAAAGAUUUGUUGAUUUCAUUCUUGUACAUAAUCGCUUGCAGUGAAACAUUUUUGUGCACUCAACCCUGGAUUUAUUCUCAAAUCCUGUUAUGUCCUUUGCAUUUUAGAAUAUGAAA